UAGCAAUGGAUUUGGAGUACCUUGCCUCAGUAGGCAUACUGGGUUACCAGUCUGGACUGUGGCCUUCGCCCUGUGAAUCUCAGCCCUCUGCAGCCGGGGCAGAGAACGAGGUUGACAUUGCAGAGCAGGACGAGCUGUUUAGCUCAGGGGAGGUCAGGAUCCCCUCGGCUUUGAACAAUGUGUUCUUUCAGAUUGACUUCAGCUUGGCUUCGGUGGCACCACCGAGCUUCGCGGCAUGUGUGUUGGCGCUGAACCGUCAUGGCCUGCCGCUCUCCAAGGAGCUCUCUCUAGACAUCGACGACAUGGAUAUUUCGGCCAUCGCUGAGGUCCUCAGCGUUUUUGGGCAGCUGCAGCAGCUGCAAAGGCAUUGCUUCCUGGCUGCUACUGGCCUUCCGCCAAUGUUUCGACAUGUACCGCCUGCAGCGUCAUUGUGCCGUAUCUUCGCCAUGGCCCAGGUUCGCAGGUGCAAAGUGCACUUUCAGCACUCAAGUUCUGAAGAAUUCGUUUGCUCUUACUUUGAUGCAAUGUGCGAAGACUUGCAGGUCUCUGCCAGAGACUUCGAGGGGCUCUAUACCCUCACAGAGGUGCUUCCGUCAGUGUACAGUGUGCAUACCGAUUCUCGGCUCGUUCUUGGCAGCACAUUCUUACGAUUCCAAGAAUACUACGAAUGCCCAAAUCCCGAGAUACGGCAUCAUGCCUUCGAAUUUAAUCAGUUCAAGACGUGGUACGUCCAGAAAAACCGCGGCGGCUUUGACUACUACCUCCAGUGGCCGGGAUUCAACAUACCAAGUUGGGUGCUGGAUGAUGCGCGAGCUGGAAAGCUUGGCUCACCUUUGCGACCGCAGGAAGAUGCUUUUCUGCGUGCUGUGCCAGCCGAUGCAAAAUAUGUCAUCGGAAGCUGCGAGAAGGACUUGCAAACGCUUCAGCAUGAGUUGGCUCAUGGCCUGUAUGGCACGAAUGAGAACUACCGCGAAGCGGUGGCCCAAAGUUUGGCCAAGCUUCCGCCCAGACGCUGGGAGGCCAGUCGCCGCGUGCUCCUGGACCUCGGCUAUGUUGACGACAAAGUUAUACUGGAAGAUGAGAUGCAAGCCUACAUGAUAGAAGGACAGUGCUUAUAUGAAGAGGACGAGAUUGAAUGUCCGACCACAGGACGUGACAUAAUAGUGCUAUGACUCAGACUAUUACCGUUUGCUUGAGCCUCCCAUGUCUUCGUUCCAAAAUGUUCCAAAAAUGAAAAUAUCCGCAGAGUUGUUCAAAUCAUGACUUCCUACGAACACUUUGUGUUCUUCGCAGGACGGGUGCGCGAUGAAAUUUACCAGACUUUCAAUGCCUUUGCCGGAAAGGCUGUUCUGGUUGCCUUGAGCGCGCACCGCUCCUGAAAAAA